AUGCGGCGUUUGUCUAGUCUUGUUUGUUUCUGUUUAAUGUUGAUUGUCUUUAUAUGUCUGGUGGCCUCUAGAAAAAUGGGACAACAACUAACAACCCCCUUAAGCCUCACUUUAGAUCACUGGAAAGAUGUUACGACCCGGGCCCACAACUUGUUACUGGAGGUCUGGAAAAAGAAAUGGAUUGCUUUCUGUUCUUCAGAAUGGCCUGCUUUUAAUGUAGGAUGGCCAAAGGAUGGCUCUUUUAAUCUCGAUAUUCUCUUACAGGUGAAGGCUCGAGUUUUUCAGCCCAGCCCUCAUGGACACCCUGAUCAGACAGAUUCACUACUGUUAGACCCCCCACCAUCUUAUGCCCAACCCGCUCCCUCAAUAAGAAAAGAACAAAGGGGCCCCCUAGAGGGCUCCCUUUCCCCACCUGCUCCCUCCCCAGACUCCACUGAACCGGAGGCGGGUCCCCAGGUGCUACUGCAGCCUCUGGCUCCCUCACCACCUCCCAGUAGUCAUAUGCGCCUCCGCCGUGAUCAAGGAGGGGACACUGAGGGGGUCUGGACAGCCCAUGCUCUUCCCCUCCAGACAGUGGCCGGCCAAUUUCAGUAUUGGCCUUUUUCCGCUUCAGACUUAUAUAACUGGAAAACUCACAACCCAUCCUUUUCACAAGACCCUCAGGCCCUGACAGGCUUGAUUGAAUCCAUUCUGUUAACCCACCAGCCCACUUGGGACGAUUGUCAGCAGCUCUUACAGACUCUCCUCACCAUGGAGGAACGGCAGUGGGUGUUCCUAGAGGCUCGCAAAAAUGUUCCAGGAGAAGAUGGCAGACCGACACAGUUGCCUAAUGAGAUCGAUGAAGUGUUCCCGUUAACCCACCCUGAUUGGGACUUCAACACUGCAGCUGGUAGGGAGCGGCUCCGUCUUUAUUGCCAGGUUCUGUUGGCGGGUCUCAAAGGGGCUGGAAGGCGCCCCACCAAUUUGGCCAAGGUACGUGCGAUAAUACAGGGGGCUGAGGAAACACCCACAGGAUUCCUAGAGAGGAUGAUGGAAGGAUAUCGUAUGUAUACGCCCUUUGACCCCUCUGCUGCAGAUAGGCAAUCCAAUGUCAUCAUGUCCUUUAUCGGGCAAUCAGCCCCAGACAUACAGACUAAGCUACAGCGGUUGGAGGGACUUCAGGGGAUGAUGAAGACUAGGACAGUCAGGGCCAGGAGCCCCCCCACCCCCGAGCCCCAGUUAACCCUUCGAGUGGGGGGCCAACCAGUAACCUUCCUGGUUGACACCGGUGCCCAACAUUCGGUCCUAACUCAAUCAAGAGGUCCCUUGAGUUCUAAGACGUCCUGGGUGCAGGGUGCCAUGGGAGGAAAGCUGUACCGAUGGACAACUGAGCGAAAAGUACACCUUGGGACGGGGUUGGUCACUCACUCAUUCCUCCUAGUUCCAGACUGCCCCUAUCCAUUGUUGGGGAGAGACCUCCUCUCAAAAGUAGGAGCCCAGAUUUACUUCCAAGAAAGAGGGGCCUCCGUUAGGGGACCCCAAGGACAGCCCCUCCAAGUUCUAACUCUGCGCCUGGAGGAUGAACAUCGAUUACAUGAAAGCCCUCAGUCAGCCCAGAUCGACCCUCAAUGGUUAUCAGAUUUUCCCCAGGCUUGGGCGGAGACUGCAGGAAUGGGACUGGCUGCAAACCAGCCCCCCAUGAUCAUUAGACUUAAGCCCUCGUCUACCCCGGUGAUGAUACAUCAGUAUCCACUAAGCAGGGAAGCCAAAAAUGGAAUUAGGCCACAUAUACAAAGACUGCUACAAUUGGGCAUCCUAAAACCAUGCCAAUCCCCAUGGAACACCCCCUUAUUGCCAGUCAAAAAGCCCGGGAUGGGGGACUAUCGUCCGGUACAGGACUUAAGAGAAGUAAACAAGAGGACAGAGGACAUACAUCCUACAGUGCCCAAUCCCUACAACUUGCUAAGUACGCUGCCCCCAAGCCACACAUGGUAUACAGUGCUAGAUUUAAAAGAUGCUUUCUUCUGCAUGAGACUAAGCCCUCAGAGUCAGCCAAUCUUUGCUUUUGAAUGGAGAGAUCCAGAAUCAGGUUUUUCAGGACAGCUCACAUGGACGAGAUUACCACAAGGAUUCAAAAACUCCCCGACCCUGUUUGACGAGGCUCUACAUCAGGUGGUCGAUUUCAGAGUCAGCCAUCCUCAGUUCGCUCUUCUGCAGUAUGUAGAUGACCUGCUCCUAGCAGCCGAGACUCGAGAUGACUGUCCAAAAGGUACCGGGGCCCUUUUAAAAAGGCUAGGGGAAUUAGGGCAUAGGGCCUCAGCUAAAAAGGCCCAAAUUUGUGUCAGACAAGUGACCUACCUGGGCUAUAAGCUGGAAGGAGGACAGAGGUGGCUAACAGAGGGUCGUAAACAAGCCAUCACCCAGAUCCCGCUGCCCACAAGUGCACAGGCCCUGAGGGAGUUCUUGGGAAGCACUGGAUUUUGUCGCUUAUGGAUACCAGGAUUUGCUGAGCUGACAGCCCCUCUGUAUCCCCUUACCAAGGCCAAUGCCCCAUUCCGGUGGGAAAAAGAACAACAGGCCUUUGAUCGAAUUAAAAAGGCCUUAUUAUCAGCUCCAGCUUUGGGCCUCCCAGAUGUGACCAGGCCAUUCACUUUAUAUGUGGAUGAACGACAGGGAAUUGCAAAAGGAGUUUUUACCCAAAAAUUAGGGCCUUGGAAAAGACCGGUGGCCUACUUUUCAAAGAAACUGGACAAUGUGGCGGCCGGAUGGCCCCCAUGUCUCUGUAUCAUUGCAGCUGUGGUCAUAUUGGUAAAAGACUCUGAUAAGCUAACCUUGGGACAGCCCUUGACAGUGACGGCCCCCCAUGCCAUAGAGACAGUUAUUCGCCAGCCCCCUGACCGAUGGCUUUCAAAUGCCCGGAUCACCCAUUACCAGGCAAUGCUAUUAAAUCCCGACCGGAUUCCGUUUGGGCCGCGGUCUCUCAACCCAGCGACUCUGCUUCCGGACUCAGACUCUCACCUCUCCAUCGAACAUGAUUGUCACCAAAUUCUGGCAGAAGUACACAGGACCCGUGAAGACUUAACUGACCAACCUCUGCCAGAUGCUGAACACACCUGGUACACGGAUGGGAACAGUUUCCUGCAUAACGGUGAGCGAAAGGUGGGGGCAGCAGUAGUAGAUGGGACCACAGUCAUCUGGGUGUCGGCCCUGGAGCCCGGAACCUCAGCACAGAGGGCCGAACUCAUCGCCCUGACGCAGGCAUUGACAAAGGCCCAGGGAAAAAAGGUCAACAUUUACACAGACAGCCAGUAUGCUUUUGCUACCGCGCAUGUCCAUGGAGAGAUUUAUCGAAGGCGGGGCCUGUUAACUUCGGCGGGAAAAGAUAUUAAAAACAAAAAAGAAAUCCUAGACCUCCUACCUAAAAAGGUGAGCAUCAUCCGUUGUCUGGGUCACCAGGUGGGGGGGGACCCUGUAGCGAUGGGAAACAGGAUGGCGGAUGAAACUGCUAGGACAACAGCCUUACAAAACCAAACCCUUGCCUUAACCACAUCCCAGGAAGGGCACUUUAAUGACUCGACCGGAACUUGGGAAUACAAAAAUAAAACUAUACUGCCCCCAAAGGAUGCAAGGAGACUGGUCACUUACCUGCACAGGUGGACUCACUUGGGUUUUAAAAAGCUAGAGACUCUUUUACAGAGAGAGGAACAGUUUCAUUACAUUCCAUAUUUAUCGGGCACAAUUAAACAAGUUGUAGACUCUUGUAUUCCCUGUGCCAAGGUCAAUGCAGGCCGGUUCCAGGCAUCCGCUGGAGUCAGGAUGAGAGGAGAACGACCCGGCACCAACUGGGAGAUCGAUUUCACCGAGAUCAGGCCUGAUAAAUACGGAGUUAAAUAUCUCCUAGUCUUUGUAGAUACUUUCUCCGGCUGGACAGAAGCCUUCCCCACCAAACAAGAAACAGCACAAGUGGUGGUCAAGAAGAUUUUAGAAGAGAUCUUUCCUCGAUUUGGGCUCCCUAAGGUAAUAGGGUCAGAUAAUGGCCCUGCUUUCGUCUCUCAGGUAAGUCAGAUGGUGGCCAAGCUUUUGGGGAUAAAUUGGAAAUUACAUUGCACUUACAGACCCCAAAGUUCAGGACAGGUAGAGCGAAUGAACAGAACGAUUAAAGAGACCCUAACCAAAUUAGCCCUAGAAACUGGCACUAAAGACUGGGUCCAACUCCUUCUCAUGGCCCUGUUUAGAGCUAGAAACACUCCAGCAAGCCAUGGACUGACUCCCUACAAAAUCCUAUAUGGGGGACCCCCUCCUAUAGCAGAUUUCCUUGACCCUGCCAUUGAUUCCUUUGCAAAUACCCAAAGUUUGCAGGUGCGGCUGUGAGCCCUACAACUCAUCCAGAGACUGGUGUGGAAGCCCUUGGCCGCCGUCUAUACAGCUGGGAGCUCCACAGUCCCACACCCCUUCCAGAUCGGCGACGAAGUGUACGUGAGAAGACACCAAUCCAGGACCCUCGAGCCUCGUUGGAAGGGCCCAUACACUGUGCUGCUGACCACCCCCACAGCAGUAAAGGUCGAUGGCAUCGCUGCCUGGAUCCAUGCCUCCCAUCUUAAGCCAGCACCCCAGCCGGGACCCUGCUGGAAAUUGGAAAAGACUAGUAAUCCCCUUAAACUUCGAGUCCGCCGAGCUGGUAUUGUUUCUCCUACUGGUACUUUUACCCUGUAA